UCAGAGCGCACCACAGCCAGACAGACAAUUACUAACAGAAGAUAAACUUUUUCCGGUAUGACGUCUUUUCGGCAAGUCAUGAAGGUGGAACUCCAUGAAUAGUAUGCCGACAUGCUAGUUUGCUAAUUAACCACUACCUACCGGUACUAGAUCCGGAUUCAGAUAAGUCACAGUGUCUACUCCCGGACAACGAAACGAAACACACGGUCUAAAAAAAGAAAACGAUCGAGAAGAAGAAGAGAUAAAGAGAUCAGGCGCCAUGGAUGCGUUGAUCCAGGUACCAUACGAUGCAACUAUACGUUUAAUGCUGUCGUCUCUCGAGCGUAACCUCCUCCCCGACGUCGUCAUAAGGAGGCUCACGCGGCUGCUGUUGGCUAGCCGUCUUCGUUGGGGAUACAAGCCGUCCUCUCAACUCCAACUUUCUGAUCUUCUCCAAUUUGUUCACUCGCUAAAAGAAAUGCCCAUUGCCAUCAAGACCGACUUACCAAAGUCCCAACAUUAUGAAUUACCCACUUCCUUCUUCAAGCUGGUUUUAGGGAAGAAUCUCAAAUACAGCUGCUGUUACUUCCUUGACAAGUCAAGCACCUUAGAGGAUGCAGAGAAAGCUAUGCUGGAGCUGUACUGUGAGAGGGCACAGAUCAAAGAUGGCCAAUCUGUGCUUGAUGUUGGUUGUGGCUGGGGAUCAUUGUCCUUGUAUAUUGCACAAAAGUUUUCUAGCUGCAGGAUAACAGGGAUUUGCAAUUCAAAGACACAGAAAGCAUAUAUAGAGGAGCAAUGUAGGGAACUGAAGCUGCAAAAUGUGGAGAUCAUUGUUGCAGAUAUCAGCACUUUUGAAAUGGAGGCAUCAUUUGAUAGGAUUUUAUCCAUAGAAAUGUUUGAACACAUGAAGAACUACAAGGCACUUCUUAAUAAGAUAUCAAAAUGGAUGAAGGAGGAUAGCCUCCUUUUUGUUAACUACUUCUGCCAUAAAGCAUUUGCUUACCACUUUGAGGACAAGAAUGAAGAUGACUGGAUUACCAGGUACUUCUUCACUGGAGGGACAAUGCCUGCUGCAAACCUUCUCCUCUAUUUCCAGGAUGAUGUUUCUGUUGUCAACCAUUGGCUUGUAAAUGGGAACCAUUAUGCAAGAACAAGUGAGGAGUGGCUUAAAAGAAUGGACCAGAACAUGGCUUCUAUUAAGCCAAUAAUGGAGUCAACUUAUGGCAAGGAUUCCGCUGUUAAGUGGACUGCCUAUUGGCGUACAUUCUUCAUCUCAGUGGCAGAACUGUUUGGCUAUAACAAUGGAGAAGAAUGGAUGGUUGCACUGUUCCUAUUCAAGAAAAAAAUAAAUUAAUUUUGAUCCAAACUUCUAUUUUUUUUUUUUAUGUUGUACUUCUUUUACUAUCAUAGGAGAUAGGAUUUCUUCUUUUCGGUUGAACUCCAGUUUGGUUUAUGGCAUGAUAGAAGAAAAUUAUGCAUGUUGGAAAACAUCCCCCCAAGUUCAGUCACUUGUGCUCAAAAAGACGGUGUCAGUGAGAAGAAAGAAACACAAAGCUCUGUUCAAUCUCU